AUCAUUAUUUACUUUCUCUGUCUUAACUAAAUAACCUAAAAUACUAAAUAUGAGUUUUAUGAAUUUGUAAAUAAAUAACUUUAUUAUAAUAAAAAAUGAGUAUUUUAAUAAAAUAUUACAAGCCUGGAGGCUUUAACAUUGCCUUGAAUACAAUAUGGCGAUGCAACUCGACCGGCACAGAUGUUGCAGUAAAUAAAAUUGAAGAGGAUGAAGAAUUCCGUGUCUUAGAUAUUUUAAAGAAAAGGCAGAGGCUACAGAGAAGAGUAAAUAAAAGAGCUGAUAUACAGCCAGAUAGGGCUGACAGAAUGGCCACAGAUCAAAAUUGGGGUAAUGUCUGGCCAGGACCAAAAACUUUUCACCCAUCAUCUGUUCCUUUACCAUUACGCCAAGGGUAUGUACCUAAAGGCCAAGCACCACCUGGCAAGAAAGCCAAUGCUGAACUCAUGAAGGUUCCCAACUUCCUGCAUCUCACACCCCCUGUUGUUAAAGCCCAAUGCGAAUCUAUUAAGCAAUACUGCACAGAAUGGCCAAAACUCCUAAACUCUGAAGAGGCAAUAGAACGCCACUAUCCUGUAGAAGUUAUAACAUCUGAUUACUGUCAUGCUAGUCCAUCGAUUCGUAAUCCGUUAGCUCGUAUAGUGACUUUGAGGGUUAAGCUAUCAACUUUAAACCUCGACAAGCAUUCUCGUGACAAAUUCAUAAGGUUAGUUGGUAAUCGUUAUGACGAAGCUACAGAUUUGGUAACGAUUACAGCAGACCGCUGUCCAGUCAGGAAGCAAAACCAGGAUUACGUAAAUUAUUUGCUGACAGCAUGCUAUCAUGAGUCUUGGAACCUUGAGGAGUGGGAACGAGAGAAGAUGGAAGAAGACAUGGAAUAUUAUAACUGGGAUAAGAAUCCCUCGAAAAGGAAUCUAGUGAAAUGGUACUUAAAGACGCAGAACCAGAGUACAGAUUUGGCAGAGGAUGAGUUAACAAAUUUUGACGUAACACAAAUACCAAAUGGGGAGGAAUAUAAAGUAGCAGUAUCCAGUUACAUGAAUGAUGGUGAAAGUGCGGAAACCGUGGAGAAGUACGGCGAAGCUGUUAGGAAGUUAUUAGGGUUGCCACAAAAAAAAAUUGUAGAAUAGAAAUUUGUAAUUAAUAUAGAUUUAGUAUAUAA